AUGCCUUUUAAAGUGUUCAGUACCUUCAAAGAAAAAUUUUUGAAACCUGGAAAGGAAGGAGUGAAGAACGCCUUGGGAGAUUCGUUGGGGAUUUUACAAAGAAAAGUUGAUGGGACCAAUGAGGAGGAAGACAACAUUGAGCUGAAUGAAGAAGGAAGGCCAGUGCAAGCAUCCCGGCCGAGACCCCCACUCUGCGACUGCCGCUGCUGGGGUGUCCCCAAGCGGUACAUCAUCGCCAUCAUGAGUGGACUGGGGUUCUGCAUUUCCUUUGGGAUUCGGUGCAAUCUCGGGGUUGCCAUCGUGGAAAUGGUCAACAAUAGCACUGUUUAUGUUGAUGGAAAACCAGAAAUUCAGACAGCACCAUUUAACUGGGAUCCAGAGACGGUGGGCCUUAUCCAUGGGUCUUUUUUCUGGGGUUAUAUUGUGACACAAAUUCCAGGUGGCUUCAUUUCAAACAAGUUUGCUGCUAACAGGGUCUUUGGAGCAGCCAUUUUCUUAACAUCGACCUUGAACAUGCUCAUUCCUUCUGCGGCCAGAGUCCAUUACGGCUGUGUCAUGUGCGUGAGAAUUUUGCAAGGACUAGUGGAGGGUGUGACCUACCCAGCCUGCCAUGGGAUGUGGAGUAAGUGGGCACCACCUUUGGAGAGAAGUCGACUAGCCACGACCUCUUUUUGUGGUUCCUAUGCAGGGGCAGUCGUUGCCAUGCCCCUGGCCGGGGUUUUGGUGCAGUACAUUGGAUGGUCCUCUGUCUUUUAUAUUUAUGGUAUAUUUGGAAUUAUUUGGUACAUGUUUUGGCUGUUGCAGGCCUAUGAGUGCCCGGCAGCUCACCCAACAAUAUCCAAUGAGGAGAGGACCUAUAUAGAGACAAGUAUAGGAGAAGGAGUCAACUUAGUUAGUCUGAGUAAAUUUAAUACACCAUGGAAAAGAUUUUUCACAUCGCUGCCAGUUUAUGCAAUCAUUGUGGCAAAUUUUUGCAGAAGCUGGACCUUUUAUUUGCUGUUAAUAAGUCAGCCUGCUUAUUUUGAAGAGGUCUUUGGAUUUGCAAUAAGUAAGGUGGGUCUCUUGUCUGCAGUCCCACACAUGGUUAUGACAAUCAUUGUGCCUAUUGGAGGGCAACUGGCUGAUUAUUUAAGAAGCAGAAAAAUUUUGACCACAACUGCUGUCAGAAAAAUCAUGAACUGUGGAGGUUUUGGCAUGGAGGCAACCCUACUCCUGGUGGUUGGCUUUUCCCAUACCAAAGGGGUGGCCAUCUCCUUUCUUGUCCUUGCUGUAGGAUUUAGUGGCUUUGCUAUUUCAGGUUUUAAUGUCAACCAUCUGGACAUUGCCCCCCGCUAUGCCAGCAUUCUCAUGGGGAUCUCAAACGGAGUGGGAACUCUCUCUGGAAUGGUCUGUCCACUCAUCGUCGGUGCAAUGACCAAGCACAAGACCCGCGAGGAAUGGCAGAAUGUGUUUCUUAUAGCUGCCCUGGUGCACUACAGCGGCGUGAUCUUCUAUGGGAUCUUUGCUUCUGGAGAGAAACAGGAGUGGGCUGACCCUGAGAAUCUCUCUGAGGAGAAGUGUGGAAUCAUUGACCAGGAUGAGCUAGCAGAGGAGACAGAGCUCAACCACGAGAAUUUUGCAAGUCCCAAAAAGAAGAUGUCCUAUGGGGCCACCACCCAGAACUGUGAGGUUCAGAAGGAACAGAGACGGCAGAGAGGAGCAGCCCUCAGCGAGGAAGAUCUAGCCUCUUACCAGAAUGAAGAGGGAGGCUUUCCAGAUCCGUCCUAG